UAGUGGGUUACCGAAAACAUUGAGAAAAGUCACGCUCCCAACAGUUGUACAUAAACCUCAAGCCUAUAAAUGCUUCUAAGCAUUAAAAAGAAAAGAAACUAAAAGCAAAACUCGUUUCAUCCAUGGCUUCCAAGCAGAGUCUCUUCUUCUUUUCCCUUUUAUUCCUCCAACAACUCCGCUUCUCAGCAUCCCAAUCCACGGUGAAAGCCGCGUAUUGGUAUUCGGAGCUCGAGUUCUCCGCCGACGAUAUAGACUCCUCUCUCUUCACCGUCCUCUACUGUUCUUUCGCCAAACUCAACAGUGAAACCUUCCAAGUCUACAUUCCUCCUCAACUUACUCAAAAGUUCGCCACCUUCACCUCAACGGUUAAACGUAAAAACCCCUCCGUAAAGACCCUCCUCUCCAUCGGCGGCGGCCGUGCCAACAAGGCCGACUACAUCGCCAUGGCGAGCGACUGGAACCGCCGCCAGGCUUUUAUCCAGUCGUCGAUAAGGCUGGCGAGGGACAACAACUUCCAUGGCCUCGACCUCGACUGGGAGUACCCGGCCGACGAGACGCAGAUGACCCAAUUCGGCUACCUCGUCGACGAGUGGCGAACGGCCGUCGCCGACGAGGCGAGCGACACCGGCCGCUCGCGGCUGCUCCUCGCCGCGGCGGUCUUCUACUCCCCGGACUAUUACUCCGUCCCCUACGUCGUCCCGGCGCUUGCGAGAAGCUUGGAUUGGAUAAACGUAAUGGCUUAUGAUUUCUACACUCCCGCAUCAGUUUCAUCUCCGAGUUUGACGAAGCCACCGGCUGCAUUGUACAAAGAUCCGACGGAAAGAUACGGCGGCGAUGCCGGGGUUUCGUCGUGGAUUGGGGAGGGUUUUCCCGCGAAAAAGAUUGUUCUGGGGCUUCCUUUCUAUGGCUAUGCUUGGCGUCUUGUGGAUGCAAACAGGAACGGACUUUACGCGCCGGCUAAUGGACCGGCUUUGUCCGGAGAUUCGGCAAUGGGCUACACGGAAAUCAGGGAGUUCAUAGCCGAUCAUCAGAAUGACGGGAAAGCGGUGUUUAAUGGGGCGGUUGUGGCGGACUAUUGCUAUGGUGGGACGACGUGGAUUGGGUAUGAUGAUGUGCAGAGUAUUUCAGGAAAGGUUUCUUAUGCUAAGGACAAGGGAUUGCUUGGUUACUUUGGUUGGCACAUUGGUGCCGACGCCGAUAUGGUCCUGUCUCGAGAAGCUUCACGCGCUUGGGGACGUAGAAUGGAGAUCGACGAGCUACUGGAACACACAUCUUUCAAUUGUGGGACUUGAUUAAUGGACUAUCCAUAAGAUUUUCUAUAUUACAUGGGACUUGUGUAUGUUCAUUCAAGCAUGAAAGUAGAAUAAAAUGAGGCAAAUAUUUCCUCAUAACACUAAUAUAUUUAUCACAUAUCAAUUACUCAAAGUAUUUAUGUUAGUUGUUAAGAUUUUUUUCUGCAGUAGUUAAUUAUUUGUUUUUGA